UGCAAAUGGCCUGCUAGAAAUCUUCAUCGUUUUCAUAAACUGAAGAUGGAGCUUGAUCCGGGCAAGAGAUUUUUGGGUGCUGCUCACAUUUUCUGAGAUCUGGGAAAAAGGGGUAAUAACAUGACACCAGCCCUUAAACGGCAACAUCUGCUGUGGUUCAAAGCCACACAAAAAAAGCUGCUUAAGUAGUAGAAUGCUUUCAGCUAUCCAGACAAGUGUGGCUUGACUGCAAAGGCUGCAAAAGUUGAAGAAAACUCAGUUUAGGGAAAUUAUCAAAAACUGUUUGAUGGAAAAUGAGCAUCUUUAGAAGGCAGAAAGCUCUCCGUCCUGCAGGCUAUCAGAGAUCUCUAUCAGAACCUGCUGGUGGUCCUUUAGGAGGGGGAACAGGUUUAAAAAAUUGUCAAUGGUGCCGUCCAGCAAAAAGUAAGAAGAGGACUUAUGAGCAUACUGAUUCUGAGCUGGGGAAAGCACUGGGUGCUUAUAGGUGGCAGACACAUCCCAGCCUUCGGUGGAAAGGGAGCAAAAGAAAGAGAUCACAGAGUCAAAGAAGUGAUCACGACAAGCCACAGUCUUUUGAGGGCCUCCUGAAAACAGUCCACAAUGAUGUUUGUACUGAUGAUGUUCAUGGAACACCAACAGCGAACCAAGCUGGUGGCACCAGGUCAUUUCGGAUUCCCUUCACCCGAUCGCUUUCUGAACCUGCACCCCAUUGCAGUAGCAGAGCUGCAAGGUCACUUCAGACUUCAGUAAGGUUAGAGAAUUCAGAGCAAGAAGGAUAUUUCACUCGUGGUAUUUUCUCUACUCUGUCCAGUGGCUUCUCCAGAAUGCUGAGUCUAAAAGGAGAACCCAGCCCUGAGCCAAUGAAAGAAGAUGUGAAAGGGCCGCCCACUCACCGUCUGUCCUGUGGCCAAUCUCCCUACACUGAAGCAACAACCUGGGAGCGGAGGUAUUGCAUACUCACAGAUAGCCAGCUGGUGUUGCUCAACAAGGAGAAGGAGAUACCAGUGGAGGGGGGCCAGGAUCAGCAGACAGAUUCCACGAAAGGGAGAUGCCUACGGAGAACUGUGAGUGUCCCCUCUGAGGGUCAGUUUCCUGAAUACCCACCAGAUGGCGCAGCCAAACUGGAGGUGCCAGCAGAAAGGUCCCCACGAAGGCGGAGCAUCUCGGGGACCAGCACAUCAGAGAAACCCAACUCCAUGGAUGCUGCAAAUACUUCACCAUUCAAAGUACCAGGAUUCUUCAGCAAGCGAUUGAAAGGCUCCAUAAAGAGGACCAAAAGUCAAUCAAAACUUGACAGAAACACAAGCUUCCGGCUCCCAUCGCUUCGCAACACAGAGGACAGGUCUCGUGGACUGCCCAAGCUAAAAGAAUCUCGUUCCCAUGAGUCUUUGCUCAGCCCAUGCAGUGCUGUAGAAUGUCUGGACCUUGGCAGAGGGGAGCCGGUAUCAGUCAAACCACUACAUAGCAGCAUACUCGGACAAGACUUCUGCUUUGAGGUAACUUACUUGAGUGGAAGUAAAUGUUUUAGCUGUAAUUCAGCUUCAGAGAGAGACAAGUGGAUGGAAAAUCUACGGCGGACAGUACAACCUAAUAAGGACAAUUGUAGAAGGGCUGAGAAUGUUUUACGGCUGUGGAUUAUUGAAGCCAAGGACCUGGCCCCAAAGAAGAAGUAUUUCUGUGAGCUGUGCCUUGAUGACACUCUUUUUGCUCGUACAACUAGCAAGACCAAAGCGGACAACCUUUUCUGGGGUGAACAUUUUGAAUUCUACAGCCUUCCACCCCUCCACAGCAUUACAGUUCACAUUUAUAAGGACAUGGAAAAAAAGAAAAAAAAGGACAAGAAUAAUUACGUAGGGCUUGUCAACAUACCCACAGCCAGUGUGACUGGCCGCCAGUUUGUGGAAAAAUGGUACCCUGUGAGCACACCUACACCCCACAAAGGAAAGACUGGAGGUCCUUCUAUUCGGAUUAAGUCACGUUUCCAGACUAUCACCAUUCUGCCUAUGGAGCAGUACAAAGAGUUUGCCGAAUUUGUCACCAGCAACUACACCAUGUUGUGCUCUGUCCUAGAGCCUGUGAUCAGUGUGCGUAACAAAGAAGAGCUGGCUUGCGCCUUGGUGCACAUUCUUCAGAGUACUGGCAGGGCCAGGGACUUUCUGACAGACCUGGUGAUGUCUGAGGUGGAUCGUUGUGGAGAGCAUGAUGUAUUGAUCUUCAGGGAGAACACAAUUGCCACCAAAUCCAUUGAGGAAUACCUAAAGUUGGUGGGACAGCAGUAUCUCCAUGAUGCACUUGGGGAGUUCAUCAAGGCUCUGUAUGAGUCAGAUGAGAAUUGUGAAGUGGAUCCCAGCAAAUGUUCAUCCAGUGAACUAUUUGACCACCAAAGCAACCUAAAAAUGUGCUGUGAGCUUGCAUUUUGCAAAAUCAUCAAUUCUUACUGUGUUUUCCCCCGUGAAUUGAAAGAAGUGUUUGCAUCUUGGAAGCAGCAGUGCCUGAACCGGGGCAAGCAAGAUAUCAGUGAGCGUCUCAUCAGCGCCUCACUGUUUCUCCGCUUCCUGUGCCCAGCUAUCAUGUCCCCCAGCCUUUUCAGCCUUAUGCAGGAAUAUCCUGAUGACCGGACAUCUAGGACUUUGACGCUCAUUGCCAAGGUUAUUCAGAACCUUGCAAAUUUUGCCAAGUUUGGUAACAAAGAGGAAUACAUGGCUUUCAUGAAUGAUUUCUUAGAACACGAGUGGAGUGGAAUGAAACGCUUUCUGCUGGAGAUUUCUAACCCAGACACCAUCUCAAAUACUCCCGGCUUCGAUGGCUACAUUGAUCUGGGCAGAGAGCUUUCGGUUUUGCAUUCCUUAUUAUGGGAAGUUGUUUCCCAGCUUGAUAAGGGUGAAAAUUCCUUCCUACAGGCGACUGUGGCAAAACUGGGACCACUCCCUCGUGUUCUCGCUGAUAUUACCAAGUCUCUGACUAACCCUACACCAAUACAGCAGCAGCUUAGACGUUUCACCGAGCAUAACUCCAGCCCCAAUGUCAGUGGCAGUCUGUCCUCAGGGCUGCAGAAGAUAUUUGAGGACCCCACCGACAGUGAUUUGCACAAAUUAAAGUCUCCAACCCAGGAAAACACAGAUAGCUAUUUUAGAGGUAAAACAUUACUGUUGGUUCAGCAGGCAUCCUCCCAAAGCAUGACUUACUCAGAAAAAGAUGAAAAGGAAAAUGGACUUCCUAAUGGAAGGAGCAUUUCACUUAUGGAUCUUCAGGACCCCCAUGCUACUCAAAUGGACCAUGCAUCCAUCAUGUUGGAUGUGCCCAUGCGUUUGACCGGCAGCCAGCUUUCCAUAACCCAAGUGGCCAGUAUCAAGCAACUCCGAGAGACACAGAGUACCCCGCAGAGUGCACCCCAAGUGAGGAGACCUUUGCAUCCUGCCUUGAGCCAGCCAGGCAGCCUCCAACCCCUGUCCUUCCAAAACCCAGUUUAUCACCUCAACAACCCCACCCCAUCCAUGCCAAAGGCCUCGGUGGAUUCCAGUUUGGAGAACUUAAGCACUGCCAGCUCUAGAAGCCAAAGUAACAGUGAAGAUUUCAAACUCAGCGGCCCCAGCAACAGCAGCCUGGAAGACUUCGCCAAACGCAGUACCCAGAGUGAAGACUUUUCGAGGAGGCACACAGGGCCAGAUAGACACAUACCUCUUGCCCUUCCACGGCAAAAUAGUACCGGGCAAGCACAGAUCCGCAAAAUGGACCAGGCCGGGCUGGGCGCCCGCGCCAAAGCCCCCCAUUCCCUGCCACACAGCACGUCCCUCCGGAGCACAGGAAGCAUGUCCAUAGCUUCCGCAGCCUUGGUGGCUGAACCUGUUCAGAAUGGAAGCAGGUCCCGGCAGCAGUCCUCCUCGUCCAGAGAAAGCCCUGUCCCCAAAGUGAGAGCAAUCCAGAGGCAGCAAACACAGCCGGUUCAGUCACCUGUAGACUCUGCCACAAUGUCUCCUGUGGAAAGGACAGCAGCUUGGGUUCUGAAUAAUGGGCAAUAUGAAGAAGAUGAAGAAGACACUGAGCAAAAUCAAGAUGAUGUCAAGCAUGCAGAGAAGUAUGAACAAGAGAUCGCCAAGUUGAAAGAACGCCUGAAAGUGUCGAGCAGGAGGUUGGAGGAAUAUGAGCGAAGGCUCCUGGUGCAGGAGCAGCAGAUGCAGAAGCUGCUGAUGGAGUACAAAGCCAGACUAGAGGACAGCGAGGAGCGUCUACGCAGACAGCAAGAAGAGAAAGACAGCCAGAUGAAAAGCAUCAUCAGCAGGUUAAUGGCUGUUGAAGAGGAGUUGAAGAAGGAUCAUGCUGAGAUGCAGGCAGUUAUUGAUGCAAAGCAGAAAAUCAUUGAUGCACAGGUCAUUAAUGGGGAUGAGAUUAUUCAGACAGGAAAAACGGAUCGUGUCCCUGGAUUCAGCCAAUACACGGCUGAUGAGUGCCCUAACCCAGGUGAAGGAACGCUACAGCAUGCAGGUCCGCAAUGGCAUCUCUCCCACCAACCCCACCAAGCUUUCCAUCACGGAGAAUGGUGAAUUCAAAAACAGCAGCUGCUAACCAGCUCUCCUGAAGAGACAGUAGAGAUUGAAAGAUAUUGUAUUGGAAAAUACAAACCCAUCCCCCUGUCCCCAGCCCUUCACCCUGCCCCUCCAGGUUUACAGAAUGCUGCUAAAUUGGAAUGGCAACAUAAAGGAACUAAUGAGUGGUGAAAGAAACCAUCUCCUUCAGGGCAUAAGACUAGGACCAGAGAGUCAGUGCUCUUCUCCCAUAUCUCUUUGUACAUAAGGAACUCAGUUCUGGGCCAUGUACAGAAAAUGCCACUGUAAUAUACCAAAAGGAAGUUAAUAAUGUAGAUUAUCUUUUUAAUUAUUGCUAUUUUUAUUAUUGUUGUUUUUCUCUUGUUAAAAGCACUGCAGUUGGUAGAGGAGGAAAAAUAGGAACUAUCUGUGAGUGAGGAAAUGAGCUUAUAGGUUUAGUAGAAAGAAACUAUGUCUGACUGAUACAAGCCCUUGGAGUGCAACAGAUUGGCAGAAUUCAUUUUUCAAGGAAUUGUUCUGCUGGUUUGAAAACCAUCUUUGAUCCUUUGAUCCGUUUAAAAAAAAAAAAAGAAUGGCAAGACCCAAUCAAAAGAAAUCUAUACCAAUGGUCAGUUAAGAUUGGAUCUGAUCAAAGAGCCUUUGGCAUCCACUAUUACAAGGGAGAGAGGCAAAAGUUUACUGUAGCAUCAUUGGACUUUAGGGAUAAUGUUUAGAUUCCUGUCAGUAAAUCUGUUUCCUUCUCUCUAUGGCAGAUUUUCUCUUUAGUAGGCAAAAGAGAAUAUCCAAUUUUAAAUAGGGGAUUUUUUUUCACCCCAGUUGUAAUAAAGGUAUUUUUUUCAUUUUUAGAGUUUACAGAACUGUAAAUAUUUGUCUCUAAAUGCCAUCCUACGUCUUUGUAUACUUCAGUGUCCUCUUCUCACCCAUAAUGGAAGCAAUCAUACCAAAAAAGGAUUUAUUCUCCAUUAUCUAAGUCAUCCAAAUCUGUUAUCCACAUUCCAUCAGGGAAAAAACAAACAAGCAUAUUUAUUGUUUCUGCCCUCCUUCCCUUCGCCCUAGAAAGGGCUAACUGAACAACAUGAAGACCCUGUAUAAUUUCUGGUUUUCAAAUAUAUCACAAAUGCUUUUCUGAUUUUUAAAAUCAUUAUGUUCAUUCAGAUUUAGAUUUUUAUCUGUUGGAGUGACAAACUGGUUUUAUCCAGAUUACUACGUCUUCCUCACAUUGCCCCCAGCCAAAUUUGGAACUGAGUCCAAAUCAGAAUUCCCACAUUUGGUGAAAUGAAGCCUGCUCUUCUCCCAACACGAAACUGAAUCAGGAGGCGGGGGCAAUAGGCUGUUGGCGCACACAAGCUUUCAUCUUCCAAGGAGUAGUUAAAUCUCGUAGUAACAGGGUUGGCUAUGGGAGACCCAUUUUUUAGCCAUGGCUUUCCUAUAGGAAAUAGUCUAGUUCAGAUACAGUCACGUGAACUAUUUAUUUCCUUUGUUCAAGGAGUGUGAAACGUUGUCUUGGGUGAAUAAUUAUCAAAAGUACAGAAUUGUAUGCAUUAAACAAUUAUUAUUCAUAUAUAGUUGCACAAGUAUACAUAUAACUAUGCACAAGUAGGAAACAGUCAAACCUUCUAUACCGUCAAAUACAGUAAGGUCAGAGUGUCUUUGCUCUUUUUAUCCAGGUCUUAGCAGUAAUUUUGGUUGUGGGAGAGAAGUGUCUAGUAUGAGUAACAAUAAUGUUUAAUUCAAAAUAUUAUUUUUUAAAAACCAUAACAAACCUAAGGGACCAACCAUGUGCCUAAAGUAAGCACCCAUGGGUGGUGAUGGUAGCUUUUUUUCUUCACCAUCAGAGUAAACAAGGGGAAAAAAGAGAUCAUUUAUGGUACAACUUUUGUUAAUAGAACAGCCCAGUCAGAUUUACCUCUCAGUGUUCCAACCCUGUGUUCUUUCUCUCUUCAGCCUUGCCCUCUCUCUCUCUCUCUCUCUCAGGUCAGUUUUUUUGACCCUCUGUGUUUUCUUGUCUUGUUUCUGUGCUUCUAAGUGAUCCUUCCCCCUUCCUAUAUAUACUCCCUUCACCAACUCCUAAUGCCACCAAACAGAUCUAAAGUAGGACCUUCUCUCUAUAUUGGCUUGCCCACAACUACUAUGUUUAAGAGUUUGGGAAACCUGUGUGUUCCCAUACUUUACUUCACCCUCCAUUUUACACACACCCCUUAGAAUGUGUUUCACGGACUGAACUAAAUGUACUUCUUGUGUCUUUCUCCUCCACAUUGAAAGUACAGGCCUGAUUCUGAUCACUUUGAGCCACUUAACACAUACUGCUUUCAAAGACAUGCCCAAUUUUGUGAGAAUUCAAAGUACUGAUAUCCUGUCCUUCUUACAUGGCUAUUCCCAACCCUAGCAAAAUUAAUUCUACACACAGCUCUAUACCAUAGAAAACUUGGUAAAUGGAUUGUCUGUUUUAAUGGUUUUAAGUAUGUUAUACGAGUGAUCUCUUGAAUUGAGAUUCAAAAACCCUAGAGUGUUUGAAUAUAAAUGGUGUCUUGAAAGGCUUGUAGGUUUACCUACGUUGGAAAUAAGCUUUUGGGUGAAUGCUGUUUAAGGUGAUGCAUCAGACUAGAUCUCAAGUGUUAGCCUUGUGGUAUUCCGCUAAAGGUUUUGUUGUGAUCAGAUUCUGUAAUUAGAUGUCUAGACCUCGUGGGAAUGUAUUAGGCAGCCCUUUACGUAAGAAACUCUUAGUAUGUGGAAGGAGAAAAGGAGAGAAACAAUACACAUGUUUCAGGGGCCAAGUUAGCAGGAUUAUAAGUAAACCAAGUAGCUACUAUUUUCAAAUAUGUUGGCAAAUGUAUUUAAAUUUAGCUUUGUCCUUUGAAAAAUCUAGCUUAUUUAAAUAAUUUAAGUUAUUUAAAUUAGAUUUAAAUUUAGAUUAUCCACUUAUAGCCUCUAUUUAGCCAAAUCUUUUUUUUCUGAGCAUUUCUAUCAAGAAUACAGCCCAUUAAACAUUUGAUUAGUAGGUUCCAAAGAAGAGAGCUACAGGAAAGUAAUAGUGUCCGUUCUUUCAAUUGUUAUUUAAUAUUUAUGAGUUUUCUACUUCCAACUUUGUUGGAUAAUAUGACAGAGAAAACCACCAUAAAGGCAAAUGGCCCUGCUUCAGCCAGUUGUUGAGGAGCCCAAAGACAAGACACAGCAACCUUUCUCCUACAAAAGAGACUGUGUUGUAUGGUAGAGCUAAUGGGCAAGUUCAGUUAGAUGUCACGCUCCCUGCUCCUCCUGACUUAUCACCUGUUUGUUAGGUAUAAAAUGGGCUUUGGUUGAAUAGGAUGUGGAAUUCUGCAAAGUGCCUGUGUAGGUGACCCCAGGUUAUAGGCAAGAGGAAAGACAGUUGAUGAAUGUUGCUAAGAUUCAGGAAAAGAGCCUCAUGUUUCAUAUUCCUACCACAGGAUCAACAGUCAAGCCUACUAGGCCUGGUUUCUAAAUGAGUUAAAAUCCCAUCAACUCAUAAUGUUCCAUGAGGCCCUGCAAUAAAAAUUGUGAGGGGGCAAAGAUUUGACUGGGGCUGGUUUCUUGCCACAAGUUAAAUGUAGCAUAGUGCUCUUUCUGUAGCAUUAGAUCUGUUUGCUUAGGUACUGUAGGCAGUCCAGAUCAACUCUCUGUUAGUCUUCUUCUCCCUUUUACUGACGGUGGAUUGUCCUGCCUAUCUUAAAAGGAAGAAGUAAGAUCCCAUGUCUCGGACUGCUGUCCAUCUCUAUGAAGCAUUAAUUAUAUGCCCUUGAAUACUGUCUUAUUUUUAGAAGUUAAGCUUUUCAGAUUUGUGACUACCUCUCUCUAGCCUUGUUAUUGGACCUCUGCUUCUUAAAUCCCACUGCCCUUUCACUCGGUCAUUUCCCUGAGUUUAAUCAGAAUUGCAGUAAAUGGGAGAAAAGCAAGGGUUCUUAGUCAGAAGUCCCAUAUAGCAAGGAAGCUGCUGCAGGGGAAGGUCAGCAUUACUAAUUCAGCUUCCGCUCCAAUCUCCACCUAGGUAAUCUCCUGUCCGUGGGCCCUUUGGAGGCCAAUUCUUACACCAACUUAGCAAGUUAGACCAUUCUAAGUGCCCAAUGUGAGACCCUUCAGGCAUGCAACAAAGUAGACCUGGAGACACCGGGAUUAGCCAUUGAUCUGGACCUUCUCGCUAGCUCAGACUUGCUGCUCCAGAACCCAUUCCACAGGCUAAAUAACUCCUAUUCUCUGCACUUUUGGAAGAACUUUGUGUGUGGGCUUAACCUUUGAAGAGUAUGUAUGGGCAAUUACUCACCACAGUUGUGAGAAAUUCCAGCCCCCAUCCCUUCCCAUGUAUCCUUCCUCUCUCCAUAUACUCACACACUGAGAACCAAUCAUUUAAUUUUCAGAAUGUCAUUUUCAGAAACAUAUCAAUGGAAAGUACCUAUUUUUAAUACUUCUUCAAAGAAAUGUUGGAGUUUUGAAACUUCAGAUAGAAGUUCAUGUGUUAUUUUGAAUUAUUGCCCUUUGUUGCUAAAAGCAUUCUCCUAUUGUCAGUACCCAGCUGAGAAUACUAAACUCUUGAUUUUAGGAAGGACCAAAGCAAUGAAAUUUGUGUGAGAUGAAAUAAAUAUCUCAUGAAGAAAGAAAGAGACAGAGAAGGAUGUAUGAUCUAAAUGCAGACUUAUGCAUAUUAGCCUUCUCUACAACCCAAAGAACCACAGUUUUAAAGGAGGCAAGAAGAGUUUAGAUUUUCCCACCAUGUAUAAAAUGUGUUGCUAUGAUAUAUGGUAAUAUGGUAUGAUGGUUUCAACAGGUAACACAGUUUUCUGAGGCCCCCAUUUAAUCUACUUCAUUCUAUAAAAUCAGUGAUCAUCAAACAUUGUUGAAUCGCAUUGCCCUAUCAUCAGUUCGAUUUCAUUCUACCCCUCCCUCCUAAAAAUGGUAAAUGAUAUAUAUUUACAUGUAUGUACAUGCCCCAUUCACUUAUCUUUAGGAGUAAAGCUUUUCAGAUUUGUGUCUACCUCUCUCCAGAUAUACAUGCCCAUUUAUCUUUAAAUGUGAGAAUAUCAUAAGACCCUUUGAAAGAAUGGGAGGAUGAUGCCAUGGGAUGUCUUCCUCCAGAGUGGGAAGUCACUGUGUCAUCCUGGGCCAAACCUGAGGAGGCCUAGCUAGCUAUUUCCUCACUACUGGACCAAGAUAAUUUAGAAGUGGUGAGAGAGCCAUCCCAACAAUUGUCAUACGUUGUCGUGUAGCGGGCUAACCAAAGACAAAGGGGGAUGUAUUUAAAAGAUCUUGUUAAUGUUCCAGAACACAUUUUAAUCCCAUACUCAUUUUGUUUUUCCACUUCAGCAUUCCCAUUUGCCUCUUGGAAAUCUCUCUGGUUUAGAUCGCCAAACAGGUUACUGUGUCACAGUAGUAGGAGGGUAUGAUCACUAAAAUCCAGAUCUAUCAAAGUUACUAUGGUGUAUAUAUAUUUGGAGGGUUGGGGAAGAGAAUGUCUAUGUGUGUAAAUCGCAUAUUUUUUGUCAUUUCUGAACUCCCAAGGGGGGAAAAGGCUCAAAUCAUCUCUUCCAUAACAGGUUGAAUAUAAGUUACUCAUUGGAUAGCCACUAUUUGCAAAUAAGUUAAAACCAAUAAUGAAGGUGACAUUUUUGACUGGUGCUUAGAUAUUUCCUCUUACUUUAAAACUAGCUCUCAGAAACAACAGCACAUCAACUUGCAUCACUCCCAUGAGGAAAUUACCUUUUAAAAAAAGAUUUUUUUUCAUCUCCAGGGCCUUAAUAAGUGUGUGUUACUACACAGGGCUAUUUUACAAUGAUCAAGCUAAAUAAUUUAUUUUUUAUUUCAUGAAAGAGAAAUACACCUUAGAAAAACAAAACCCAAGAUUUUAUUUUAUUUUUAAAGCCAUAUUUUUGUGCUAGUAGCACAUGGAUUGUUCCAUAUGUGAGAUCCAUAUCUGCAUUUCAUUACCUGGGUUUAUUCUAAAGAAGAUUUAUUUUUGUUCUGUGAAUAAUUUUUGACGGUUCUUGUACAUGUACAGAUAUAGAUACAUUUGAGGUCUUUUAUUGAUAUUCCUACAAAGAAUACAAAUAAACUUUAACUUUAAACAUU